AUGUCGAUCGAAACGGACGCAACGAUUGCCGACUUCGGCGGGAAGCUGCUCAAACUCAAGCACUCCGCCAAAUCCACCAACUGCGAGAUGAAGUUCAACCUCUUCAUCCCCGGCAGCGCCUCCUCCUCCAAGCCAGCACCCGUCCUCUUCUACCUCGCCGGUCUGACAUGCACCGGUGACAAUGGCGCAGAGAAAGGUUUCUUCCAGAACAAAGCAUCCGAGAAGGGCAUCGCAGUCGUGUUCCCCGACACCUCUCCCCGCGGGCUGAAGAUCGAGGGUGAAGACGACAGCUACGACUUCGGCAGCGGCGCGGGCUUCUACGUUGACGCCACAAAAGAGCCCUACAGCAACGGCUACAAGAUGUACAGCUACAUCACCGAUGAGCUGCCCAAGGCCAUCUUCUCGCAGUUCAAAGAGCUGGAUAGCAGCCGGGUGAGCAUCACAGGCCACAGCAUGGGCGGCCACGGCGCCUUGACGCUCUUCCUCAAGAACCCAGGCAAAUACAAGUCAGUAUCCGCCUUCGCGCCCAUCACGAACCCGAGCAAGUGCCCCUGGGGCGAGAAGGCUUUCUCGGGCUACUUCGGCGAGAACGAUAAGCAGCGCUGGAGCGAGCACGAUGCAACAGAGCUGCUGCCGAAAUACCCAGACAACACGGAUAUCCUGAUCGACGUUGGCACGGGCGACAACUUCUAUAAGCAGGGCCAGCUACUGCCGGAGAACUUCGAGAAGGCGGCGAAAGAUGCUGGGAAGAAUGUGAAGGUGAAUUAUCGGGAGGGCUAUGAUCACAGCUAUUUCUUCAUCAGCACGUUUGCGGGAGAUCAUGUGGAGCAUGCGGCGAAGUAUUUGUUGAAGUAG